UCACCAAUCGCAGCUUCGGAGGAGUCAAGUGACAUCUGACAUAACCUAUGUUUCGAGAAUCAUUACAUUUGUUGUCAAAUUGUUUACUUUGAGUAAUUUAUUGUAUGAAACAUCUAUAAACUGCGUUCUAGUUUUACAUAAUACAUUGUGUUUUUAAGACAGGAACAUGGGUGAACGUAAGGGGACUAAUCACUACUAUCCACCCGACUAUGACCCCAAGGUUGGCGGGCUCAACAAGUUCCUUGGAACACAUGCAUUGCGGGAACGAGCCCGCAAACUACAUAUGGGUAUCCUAAUAAUUCGGUUUGAGAUGCCAUACAAUAUCUGGUGCGAUGGAUGUGGAAAUCACAUUGGAAUGGGUGUUCGAUACAAUGCUGAAAAGAAAAAAGUUGGAAUGUAUUAUAGCACUCCUUUGUAUCAAUUUCGAAUGAAAUGUCACCUCUGUGAUAAUCAUUUUGAAAUUAAAACGGACCCAGCCAAUUUAGACUAUAUAAUAGUCAGUGGUGCUCGGAGACAAGAAAAUCGCUGGGACCCCAUAGCAAACGAGCAAUGCGUGCCAGAAACUAAAGAAGUUUCACAUAGAUUGUACGAUGAUGCUAUGUUUAAAGUAGAACAUCAAACGGAGGAUGUAAAAAUCUCAAAGAAUCGAGACCCAGUACUCACAAAGCUGAUCAAUAUGAAAACACCAACUUGGAAAGACGACUAUAGCUCUAAUUGUGUGCUCCGAGCCAAAUUUCGGGCAACAAAGAAGGAGCUUCAACAGAAACAAGUAAUAGACGCUACUCUACUAGACAAGUCAAGUCUGAAUAUUAAAUUAGUAUCUGAGCAUGAAGAUGACAUAAAACUAGCACGCUCUAUAACUUCAUAUUCUAAAAACAGUUCACCAAACCCCCUGAAAAACCUCCCCAAAAGACUAAAGCUUGGAAAGCCGAUAGUGGCAAAACAUCAUGCAAGGGAAAAACUAUCUCGGCAAUUGAUAGGAAUUGAAAUAAAUAGUGAAAAACCAAAACAAGACAAACUGCCUAUUGCAACUGAAACUUCUACUUCGCAGUCAACAGAAAAACAACCUGGUGUGAGCGAACUCUCUGUCACUCAAUCGACUAAUGAGUCGAGUAGUAAUAAUGGUCAAACUCCAUCUCUUGUUGUCUACGAUUCUUCAAGUUCAGAAAGUGGUCCUGAACCUUUGUAAAUGAUUCUUUCAGUAUGUACAACCUCAGAAAGAACAUACUUCACCAACUAAUAUCACUCAGAUCUUACAACUGAUAUAAACUUUAGUUUGUUUCAUGUAUUGUAUAUAUUAAAUUCGUUAAUAGUAUUAAAUAAAUAUUUCUUAACUUAA